AUGAAUUUAAUACAAAAAUUUAUUUUAUUUUUAUUCAUUUUUAAUUCAAAAAUUAAUUGCUUUAAUAAAUUUUCUAAAACAAAAAAUUUAAAUAAAAUAAAUAAUCUUCCUGGUUUAGAAUCUGAAAUUAAUUUUAAUCAUUAUUCUGGUUAUUUACAAGUCUCAAAUUAUCAUUUUUUACAUUACUGGUUUGUUGAAUCACAAAAUGACCCAGAAAAUGAUCCAAUUAUUUUUUGGUUUAAUGGAGGUCCAGGAUGUUCCUCUAUGGAUGGAUUACUUAAAGAAAUGGGCCCCUAUUUAGUUAAUCCAGAUGGGCGUUCUUUAAGAUUAAAUAAAUAUUCUUGGAAUAAAAAUGCUUCUGUGGUUUAUAUUGAAUCUCCAGUAGGUGUUGGGUAUUCUUAUUCUGAAGCUUGGUCUUUAAUUGAAAUUGAUGAUGAACAGACAGCCAAAGAAAAUUAUGAAGCACUUAAACAAUUCUUUGAAAUAUACCCCUCAUUUCGAAAUAAUUAUUUAUUUAUAAGCGGCGAGUCUUAUGCUGGUGUUUAUGUUCCUUCACUUUGUGCUUUAAUUGUUGAUGGACAAAAAGAAUAUCCACUUAAAUUAACUGGGAUGAUGAUUGGAAAUGGGUAUAUGAAUGCUAGAUUAGAUAUUGAUACAACUAUUAAAUUUGCAUAUGCACACGGUUUAGUUGAUGAAAAAUUAUGGCAAUUAAUGAGAGAAGAAUGUUGUAAUGGAUGUUUUGGUAAUUUUUUUGAAUUUAAAAUUUUUUAUAAUUAUUUGGAUAGAUGGAUGUGAUUUAAGUAUGAUGUCAAAUUAUUUCUGUCAAAAUAAG